CUCAAACGUUUUCACUGAGCUCAGUAAAUAUAAAUCCUACCAAAAGGACUUUUUUCACUUUAGCUUCAAAUGAUUUGAAGUUAGCUGAAGAAAAAUCUACGGGUCGAGCAUAGCCAUGGCGGCUGAGCAAGAACUCGACAUCUCAAACCGUUCGUGGCUUCAUAUGAUAUCUGCUUUCCGCGCCUUGGAACCGCCCGAUGCCGUGAUUUCCAUUGCCAGGGAGUUAGGCGGAGGUUCAGUCACGGAGAGUGUUCAGAGCUGCAUAUGGCGCCACUGUAUAAGCAAAGCUGACUUGAAGUGGCAGGGCCCUUAUUUGAAAAGAUUCCUCAAGAAACUAAUAUUCGAAAUCGAAUCGGAUGGUGGCCUAGUUUUGGAUGAAUUGUAUGAACAAUAUGCUUCAUAUAUGAUUUCUUUGCAGGAUAAUGAGGCCAAUCAAGGGAACUCGAGAGUAUUGAAAACAAUCUCAUUUCUUUUCCCUAAUGGAGAUUCGUCUGGAUUUGAAAGUUGCCCAGAGAACUUAGAAGUUCCACUGAGGUGUUCUGUGAACAUGCUGGAAGGUGAUACUGGGUGCUCUAUUUGGCCAUCAAGUCUUUUCCUGUCAGAAUUUAUACUUUCUUUCCCAGAACUAUUCGCAAAUAAGUGUUGCUUUGAGUUUGGCUCCGGGGUGGGAUUGGUUGGUGUCUGUCUCUCUUAUGUGAAAGCAUCUAAGGUAAUACUAAGUGAUGGCGACUUGUCAACUUUAGCCAAUAUGAAGGUUAACUUGGAACUCAAUCACUUGAGCCCAACAAAUCAUCCAUUAGGCAACCAUUUACAUCAUCAUAUGAUGAUCUCGAUUAUUUUGCUCCUGACUUUAGGAGCAGACAUCAUUUACGACCCUUCAUAUCUUCCUCAUCUCGUUCGGGUGCUGGCUGUCCUUUUGAAAAACAAUCAUUCAAAUUCUGAAACUAACAAUGGUAGAGAAUUUUACUCUCCCCAAGAAGGAAAAACGACACAACGUGUUUUGCCAAAUGGUGGACUUGGCCGUGUCGCGUAUUUUGCCUCGGUGAUUCGUAAUAUCGACACCUUCAAUUGUUUUGUUGAGCUGGCCGAAGGGGCGAAUCUUGUGGUCACGGACCUCACCGAAAAUGUUCGGGUGUCGAGUUUUCUUCCGUACUUGAGAUCGUAUGCUCGGUCUACUAUAAGGCUAUUCCGAAUUCAUAGGUAAAACUUGUGUGUUGUAUCAUUGAUGUUCAUGGUAGACUGUAAUUCCUAUACAUCUUCAACAAAAUAACAGAUAGAAAAAUGGAUAUCCAGAAAUGAGUUGGAUUGGAUUAAUUUUUUUUUUAUUUAAUUGUUGGUUAUAUGAUGUUUUUCAAUCCGUGUUCUAAAAAUCGAGUGGUGCCUAGAUGCUAGAUGGUACCCGAGCGCUAGGGCUGCAAAUGAGCCGCUCGCGAG